UUGAGGGACCAGUUCAACUACGAACCUGUCAGAGUCGUCGGCCAUGGAGCCUAUGCCAAAGUCGUCCUGGCGAAUUCGCCGCGCCACAACAACAAAGUCGCCAUCAAAGUCAUCUCAAAAACAUCUGGCAAACCAGAUUUUGUUGAUAAAUUUCUGCCGAGAGAAAUUGAAAUUGUUAAAAAACUACGGCAUCCUUACUUGAUUAGUUUCCUGCAGACGAUCGAAACGAACACGAGGGUCUACUUGGUGAUGGAGUUUUGUUCGAGAGGGUGCAUGUUGGACCUCAUCAGGAAGGUUAAAAGGUUAACCGAGCCAGCUUCGGGUAUAUGGUUCAGGCAGAUCACAGAUGCCGUAGAGUACAUGCACUCUGUUGGCGUGGUGCACAGAGAUUUGAAAUGCGAAAAUCUUCUUAUCGACUCACAAUUUGCUAUCAAGAUUAUUGACUUUGGUUUCGCGAGAACGAAUAUGCUUCCAAUGAACGGAGCGUACAAACUCAGUGAAACAUUCUGCGGCAGUUACGCUUACGCUUGUCCUGAAAUUCUAACCGGCACUCCUUACGUAAGUCAAAUGGCUGAUAUUUGGAGUAUCGGAGUUAUUCUCUACGUUUUUGUGAUCGGCGAGUUGCCAUUCAGCACGGUUGAUAAGAAGACCCUUCUCCGACAGGCUCAAGCUGGUCCUGAAUUCGAGCACAAGGCUUGCUCGUCUGCUUGCAUGCGAUUGUUGGAGGCUAUUUUGGUUGAGGAAGAUAAGAGAUUGUGGUUUCCGGAUAUAAGAUUAUCAAAGUGGUACCACGAACAUUGCGUACAUUUUGAUGAGAGCAUUUUAGAAGAGUAUGAUUUUCUUGGGUGA